UACUCUAAAGCUUCAACAUACACAUAAACUAAAAUAAAAAAAACUUAAAAAAAAAACACAAAAAUAUAAAGAUAUUUACACGCAAUCAGUUUCCUACACUUACCCUUUGCCAUGCAGCGCAAUCAGAAUGAGCCUUCCAGGACAAGUAUAUUAAAAAAUGCAUAUGGAGUUAAGGCCGAACCCACCAUCUCAUUAAAGAGAGCCAAGUUCGAUGAGAUGAAUGUGUUGGAAACCCUUCAUCCAGCUAACAAGGAUUAUGGCCACAUGGUUAUCGAUGAGCCAAAGACCCCAUUUGUAUUCGAUGAUGAGCCGGCUCAUGUUUUGGACACGGAAACUCUAAUGGAAAAGUUACGUCGAGCUGCGCAAUCAGAAACGCCGGCCUUUGGAAUGGAUAACGACUCGGACGAUUCGUCAGGCGAUGAUGACUUUCCCGAAUCUCUUGAGGAAAAGGUGGGUCGCCUGGAGUUCGAGCGCCGUCGCAAACUACACUACAAGGAAUUUUUGACUGUGCCAUUGGCCAGACGUCUAAUAGCCGAAGAGUUCGGUGAUUCCGAACUAAGUAUUCCAGAUAAACUAAAUACGACAAGUGAAAGUUGCUUGUCUGAAGUGUGCGCCGAGCACGACAAUCAAGACGACCAAUCCGGUAUUGAGACUUCAUCGAGUUACUCAUCACAGAGUGAGCCAUCGGAAUCGCAUUUCGAGCCCGGUUUUCACCCAUCUCAUCCAUGCUAUCACAAGCUGAAGGCCCAUAUAGCUGCCGGAAAGAAGAAAGACAAGGCCGAACAGCCAACCCAAGACGUUGCACAAUCCGUCAGAGCUGUGGGUCGACCAAGUGGCGUGGGCAUGUCCAUUGGGACCACCCAACCACGUCCGCACAGCUCCAUAGCCGAAAGCAAGGGCUCCGUCGCGCUUACCGUCAAAAAGCGUUGCAUUUCUAAGAAGCUAUCGACCUCAUAAUAUAAUGGGGAUCCCAAAUUAUGAUCAGCAAAUAAAACAAUCAGACAAAAGCGAAUUACCA